ACGGUCACUUUCCCGGACUCCACGGCGUUAUGAGAAAAGUAAAGGGAACUUUCACACGCAACGCUUUUUAUUCCGCUGUCGAACAGUGACUCUUCUUUCCUCACGAUUCUCUUCCUUCCUGACAUUAAUUAAGCAGCAUAACAAACACGAUUUCCGCGCAAUAUAUUCUCUUUGAAUGAAUCAGAUCAGCAACUCUGCAACAAUACCAUUUUUUUCAUCCUUUAAUUCCAAUGGAGUCCGUUCUCAAUUUCAACUCAAUUUCUCCGAUUGGCGUCCUUAAUUAUCGCCUCUUUCCGUCCACGAUCUCUUGCUCGGCCCGUCCACGUACAGGAGAUCCAUCAGUUGCUAAAUCUCGCCGUUGUUUACCUCAACGGCAACUUUCUCGAUCUCUCCGGCCGGCGUCUCUUCCUUCAACCUCAGCUAAUGAUGCUGCUUCUACUUCAAAUUCUCAGUCUCCAAGAGAUGGACAUUACUCAGUUGGUGACUUUAUGACUAGGAAAGAAGAUUUACAUGUAGUAAAAACUACAACUAAAGUUGGUGAAGCCCUUGAGAUGCUUGUCGAAAAAAGAGUUACUGGGCUUCCUGUAGUUGAUGAUGACUGGAAAUUGGUUGGCGUUGUUUCUGAUUAUGAUCUACUGGCACUUGACUCUAUAUCAGGAGCUGGCCAAGCUGACACAAAUCUGUUUCCUGAUGUUGACAGUACUUGGAAGACAUUCAAUGAAGUUCAAAAGCUACUGAGCAAAACUAAUGGAAAAGUUGUUGGUGAUGUCAUGACACCAACUCCAUUGUCCGUCUGUGAAAACACCAACCUUGAAGAUGCUGCGAGGUUGUUGCUCCAAACGAAGUACCGUCGGCUGCCUGUUGUAGAUGUUGAUGGCAAACUGGUUGGGAUUAUCACAAGGGGCAAUGUGGUUAGAGCCGCUCUGCAAAUAAAACGCACUAUUGAGAAUAUCCAAUGACACCUGAGUUCCAGUGCGAAAGAUAUUUGUUCAUGUCAAGCCAUGAUGCUACUGUAUAAUAUAUGUACUGUUCCAUUCUUUCAUCCUUGGCUUAUUACUGUACCUAGUGUGGCAUCAUUGGGAGAAGGGGGAAGCAAUGAUUAUUUUGCCCAAGUACCUGCUGGUAAGUAUUAAACAUGAUGCUUGGGAGCUCUAAAUAUCCUGUGUUGAAAACAUUUGAUAAAAGGCGGGGCUCCCAUAUGGAUGGUAUACCCUGGUGCCCGACACUACCAUUUGUUAGUUCUCAAACUUGUAGUAGUAUGAGAACUUUAGCUAUAUUCUACGUAAUGCAAUACAAUUUGUAAGGAAACACAAGAGUGAGAGAACUGGAGACUCCAAUUGCUGCAUUUAUUGUGCAAUGGCAAAAUUAGAUUUAUGGUUUAAUUUGGUGUGAAGAUAUUUCUACUUGUUGUACACGUUAUACAAAUAUAUGUAACACGUAAGACUUCUCAAA